AUGGCAAGUAAGAUUCCGGAUUCUCACAACUUCGACGAGCAGUUCCUGACGUGCCCUGUCUGUAUGCUGCACUUCCGGGACCCCAGAGUCCUGCCAUGUCUGCACACAUUCUGUAGGGAGUGUCUGCAAGAAUGGGCCACCAAACAACAGCCGCUGGAGUGUCCAACCUGCCGCACACAGGUCAGUCUACCAGACCAAGGUGUGGACGGACUCAGGACCAACUUCUACGUCAACAACCUGCUGGACUUCGCGGCCGUGAAGAAAGGUGCGGGGCCAGGUGUGCCGUGCCAGGUGUGUGAGGGGAAGGCGGAAGGGGCGCGGUCAUGGUGCGUACAGUGUGCCGUUCUACUUUGUGAGUCCUGUACAAACACACAUCGCAAGUUUCCAGCCAUGAAAGGGCAUCAGAUCGUGACCCAAGAGAACCUGGAGGCCUCUGAAGGUGUGCCCAGCAGCUUUCAGCGCAAAGCCUUCUGCCCAAAGCACGAAGACCAAGUCUUAACUUUCUACUGUGAACCUUGUCAGACUUUGGUCUGUGUCGCCUGUACGGUUGUCGAUCAUCGGCCGGGCGAUAAACACAAUCCUGUAGAAAUCGGCUCCGUCGCUGAGAGGAAGAAACGAGACCUACAGAAACUGUUAGCAAACAUCGAGCCUCGAGAAAAAGACGUGCGGGCUUCGCUGAAAGAAAUCGAGGGUGAAAUAUCUGAGUUACCAACAUCGGCAGACGCUGCCGUUGAACAGGCAACAGGAUAUUUCGAUCAGCUGAUGGCCUUUCUUCAAGACAGAAAAAAGGAAGUCGUCACAGAAAUCGUCUCACGCCGCCAGGAGGUUGAAAAGUGUCUGGAAACCCAGAAAGAAGCGAUGGAGUUUGAGUUGGCCGGACUGACGAGCGCGUCUGAGUUCUGUAAACAAGCCUUGGAACACGGCAGUGACGUGCACGUCAUCGGGGUCGAGGGUCAAGCACGACAGAGAGUGGACGAACUGAUGACAACUCCAAGCGACCUGACAGCCCGACCGAGUCAAGUCGUGUUCUCGGAGGGGACGGCUGUGGCGGAGUUCAGAGAUGACGUGGCCAGGGCAGGGAGUAUACAAGUAAAAGUUAAGGCAAAGGUAUCAGUUGAAAUCAAACCAGCCGUUGUAGAGUUUUCAAAUAUCGCUCUCCUCAGCACUGUUGACAAAAACGGGCAACCUUGUUCUGUGCUGAAAGAUGACGUCACAGCCACCCUGACGGACCCAUCGGGCCAGGCGGUACCAACACAGCUGCAGGAGAAGGACAGGGGAUUGUGGGAAAUCUCCUACACACCUGAGGUCACGGGCAACCAUAGGUUAGAGGUCAAGGUGAACGGCGGUGCUGUGGCGGGAAGUCCGUUUGACGUCAAAGUGCAAAGUAGGGACACCCCGGUUUUAACCAUUGGGAGAGAAGGAAGUGAAGAGGGAAAACUUUCCUGCCCAUCAGAUGUAGCAGUGGACAUGGACGGUAACAUUGCAGUGGUGGAUAAUGGGAAAAAACGGGUUCAGAUAUUCGAUGCCAAGACUGGUCAGUCACUUCGGUCUUUCCCGGUGGAUGGUGAGAGUCCAUGGGGCAUUGACAUGGACUCUAAUGGACAGUUUGUUCUGACUUUUGGUAAUUAUCCCACUGGCAACCAAGCAAUCCGGGUGUACUCACGGGAAGGAAAACUCACAAAGACCCUAAAACCUGACUGUUUACGAGAUCCAUUUGGAGUUGCAGUUCUGCAGGGCGGCCGCAUGGUGGUGGUGGACUGGGGACAGCAGUCCUGUCUCCUCCUGCAGCCUGACGGGAGCCUCAUCCGGGACAUCGGCAAGGGACAGUUACAGGACCCAUGGUUCAUAGCGGUGGACGAGUCACGUGAUCUGUUCUUUGUCACUGAUUUCUCUGCUCAUAGAGUGUUUGUGUUCGACCUUGAGGGGAAGCUGAAGUUCAUAUUUGGUGAACAGGGGUGGAAUGAGGGAGAACUCUACAAUCCAACAGGGAUAACAGUAGACCCGGCAGGUAACAUCGUUGUAGUGAACUGUGGUAACGGCCGUCUGCAGGUGUUCGGGCCAGACGGGACGUACCUGAGAACUGUGGCCACAGUGAAGGGAAGAGGCCCCCGGGGAAUCGCGCUGACACCGGAUAACCACAUAGCUGUAGCGUGUAUUGAUGGACGUUGUGUCGAAUUGUACAGGUACAAGUAGCCUCAUCAAGUACCUCUGAUAUUUUCCAUGUUCAAAGAUAUCAACAGAUAGCAGAAAUAUAUCAUAAGGAUUUUUCCGCAUCCUAUCACUUUAAAAUCCCUUUAGUUAACCACAUUUAAGCAAUUGACAUAUUCAGUAUCAACUAAACAUGUUAGUAUGUAUGCAAAUACCUUUUUUCUGUCAACCUUGCGAUUAUUGGUCAUAUGUCUGCAUCCGGUGGGAUAUGAGAACUGAAUAAAGAUCAAUGCUCUAAAACGUGCUGUAAUAUUACCAUCGGAAAUGUACCAGCUUUUGCUCAUGGAAUAAGUAGGAGUAUACAUGAGAUCAUAAGGAAUGUAUUGUGGCAACAAUGAAGUAAAAUGAUGUCAUAAGUGUUCUUUUU